AUAUAUAUACAUAUAUAUAUAUAUAAAGAGAGAGACCUACCCUGUGGUCUGUGGCUUUGCUUUGCUUCUGUUUGUCUGAAAAGAUAAUGAGAACAAACACCAGAAGGGGAAUCACUUCUCACAGAGAUAGAACCCAACCUUGCAAGGAAGGGAGAGUGAAGAGGAAAAGAUGUUUCUCCGGAGGAGCAGGAGGAGAUGUUAUGAUUCUCCAGAAGAAGAAGACCAAGACAACCAAGACUACGUUUGAUGCUUCUCGUGGAAAGUCUGAUUUUUUCGAUGGAUUACCAGAUGAUCUUAUCGUUUGCAUCCUCUGCAAACUUAGUUCUUCAGCUGCUUAUCCUUCUGAUACCAUCAACCUUCUCAUUACAUGCAAGAGACUGAACGGUUUAGCUCUCCAUCCUUUGGUGUUAUCUAAAGCUUCUCCUAAAGUUUUUGCCAUUAAAGCGAGCAACUGGUCUGAAUCCGCUCAUCGUUUCUUGAAGCAAUGUGCUGAUGCAGGGAACGUUGAAGCAUGUUAUACACUUGGCAUGAUCCGAUUUUAUUGUUUACAGAGCAGAGGGAGCGGAGCAGCCCUCAUGGCAAAGGCAGCAAUAAAUUCUCAUGCUUCCGCGCUCUACUCACUAGCAGUGAUUCAGUUCAACGGGAGUGGUGGCUCAAAGAACGACAAGGACUUAAGAGCUGGUGUCGCUCUCUGUGCCAGAGCUGCCUUCCUCGGCCACAUCGAUGCCCUUCGUGAGCUUGGCCACUGCCUUCAGGAUGGAUACGGCAUCCGUCAAAACAUCGCCGAGGGACGCCGAUUCCUAGUUCAAGCAAACGCCCGUGAACUCGCUUCCGUCCUCUGUUCCACCUCCUCCUCCUCCAGGCCAUGGCUUACGUGGCACCGUAAUCAGAACCACCAACAUCACCAAAUCCGGCAAGUGAUGGGUGGUGGUGGUUCAGGUGGGUGUCCAUUACUUAGCGACUUCGGGUGCAACGUGCCGGCACCGGAGGCGCACCCGGCCAACCAAUUUCUGGCCGACUGGUUUGGGAUUCGAGGGGGUGUGCCUGGGAAUGAGUUAAGGCUUUGCUCCCACGCCGGAUGUGGACGGCCGGAGACGAGGCGACACGAAUUCCGGCGUUGCUCCGUCUGUGGAACAGUCAACUACUGCUCUCGUGCGUGUCAGGCUCUCGAUUGGAAGUUGCGCCAUAAGUUAGAGUGCGCACCCAUGGAGCGUUGGCUAGCUGGAGAUGCCGCCGGCGAUGCUGACGGUGAGGCUGAGGAUAGGAUGGCCGGCGUUGAAGGAGACGAUGGCCAAGCCAUUAUUGGAAGCUAGCGGUAACGGUACUGUAACAUGUAACAACUCUUCUCCUUCUUAGAAAAAUUAGUUUUUUUUUUUUUUUUCUUGGGUCCCCUUCUUCUCAUGGGAAAUGCUUUCUUACGAUGGUUCAGAGUGUUUCUCUUUGGUUUUGUAUAGGAGAAGAGAGAACAUACUCCUUUUUUUCUGUACCAUAGGUAGUUCAUCGGCUGCAAUGG